AUGACUGAUCUUACAAAUCCAACAUCAUCAACAUCAUUUAAUACAUCACAAACAGGAACAACAACAUCAGGUUCAAAUACAAAUAAAAAAAGUAAAAGUAAUUCAUUAAAUAAAAAUCGAAAAGUUCAAAAUACAAAAACUCAUCCAAAAUAUUCUCUUAUGAUAAAACAAGCAAUAACACAAUUAAAUGAUCGUAAUGGUACAUCAAAAGCUGCUUUAUUAAAAUAUAUUUUAGCUAAUUAUAAAGUUAAUCCAACAACAGCAAAUCAACAUCUUAAAUCAGCAUUACGUGCUGGAAUUAAAAAUACAACAUUAAAACAAACAAAAGGUAUUGGAGCAAGUGGAAGUUUUAAAUUAAGUUCAACAUCAUCAUCACCAGCAGCAACAAAAAAUAAAAAAUCAUCACCUAAAAAAACAAAUAAAUCAACAACAAAAACAAAUAAAUCACCAAGUCGAUCAAAAACAUCAACUACAAAUAAAAAAUCAACUAACACAAAUAAAUCUCGUUCAUCAUCUAAAUCGAAAUCAACAACUGGAACAACUAAACGAAAACGUUCAGCAUCUCCAACAAAAAAAGCUCCAGCUAAAAAACCUGCUACUACUAACGUUAAUAAUCCAGUAGCAGCAACAACAACAACAACAGCUACACCAUCAACAGCUAAUACUCAAAUAAAAAAGAAAACAACAACAACAACAACAACAAAGGCUAAAACAGCUGCUAAACCAAAAUCGAGAACAUCAAUUAAAACAAAAUCUUCAGGUAAAACAAAAAGUCCAAAAAAGAAAUCAACUUCAACAAAAAAGAAAACAUCUGCUGGAUCAUCAAAAGCAAAAGCAAAAUCAUCGAAAUCGAAAUCAUCAACUGGAAAUGUAGCUAAUACACCUUCAACAACAACUACUGCCGCUACUACAAAUGUUGCUAAUACGAGUACAAACGUAGCUUCAACAGGUAAAAAAGCUCGUAAAGCUCCAACAACAACAAAAAAAGGCAAAACUUCAAAAAAAACAAGCAAAAAAUAA